AUGCCGCCGCUGCCGCCAUUUGUCGAGGAAGAAAAGCGAAAAUCCGCGGCUGCUUUCGUGGCGGUUAAGGGUACGAGGAUGAACAACGUCACCAACAACAACGACAACAACGACAACAACACCGACAACGGCAUCGCGCGCUACGGGACCAUGGGCGGCGGACGCGCGCGGGCCACCGCCACCGCCGCCGUACCCGCAACCGUAUCCGCUGCUUCCCCGCGGUCGGCCUCCGCGGCCAUGGCCGCCGGUGCUGCCGCCGCCGCGGCCGCCUCCGCCGCCGUCUCCACCGACGACGAUACCUCCGAGGGCGGGACGGCGACCCCGCCGUCGCCGCCGCAGGCAUCACCGGCGGCGACGACCAUGGCGUCGGAGAGGAACAGCCCGGUCGCCUUCCGGUCCCUGGCCAGCACUCCCCGCAAGGCGCGAAUCCUGCUCGGGCUCGAGCAUCACGAUGUCGUCGCCUGCGCGCCGAGCCCUCCCAGUCGGAUCGGGGUCAGGCGCCUGAGCGGCGGAGGGGGCGGAAAGGUGAAGGGCCCGGACGGCACCAGGUUUCUGUCUGGCGGCGGCGGCGGCGGUAUCGGCGGCGGUUCCACUUUUCGGAUGAUGGCCGGGGCCAGCAGUGUUUUCCACAGCGGGAGCAAGGGUAACAACAACAAUAACAACAACAACAACAACAACAACAACAACGAUGAUGACCCGAAUUCGAUCAACAGCCUCUCGACCGCCACCUCGACGACGUCCUCGUCGUGCUGCGGCAGCACCGGGGGCUCCAUGUGUGGGGGGAAGGGGUGCGGCGGGGGCUCCGGGUUUUGCGGGGCAGGGGUGGGGUCUAGGAGCCCGUGCUGCGGGGCCACCCCUCCUCCUCCUCCCACCAGCGCCGCCGCCGCGGCCGUCGCCGCCAACCCCGCCCAUUUCACCGGUAUUACUUCCGUCGGUGGCUUCGGUCGUGGUGGUAGCCUGCGGCCGGCGAUCGAGGCCGCGGAAGAGGCGCUGGCGGCGGCGACGGUAGCGGUGUCGCCGGUGGACGGCACCCCCCCUUCGUCUUGCCCGUCUUAUUCUCCUCGCGGCAUCACCGGCCGGCCGUACGACCGCCACGACGCCGCCGCCGACGCCGUUGCGGCUCCUGCCACCGCCCCCGCCGGAACGGGGGAGGGCCGCCGCGUAAGGACCGCGAGCGGUGGCGACAGCACUCGGCUAGCGCUGCCCCGGUGGACGCCGGGUGAGGACCUAGCCUCUGGAGCAGCGGCGGCGGCGGGGACGGAAGGGGGGGAUGGUAUUACGUCGUCGCCCCCUACAUCGGCAACAUCUGCCGAAACGCCAGCGACGGCAGCGUCGCACCGGUCGUUCUCCUCCCCCCCCGACCCUCCGACGAGAGAGUCAAUCUACGGUGCCCCUCAGGCCGCGACAGAGGCGGUGGUAACGACGGGUCGACAAAGUGGUGGGACGACGGGGACGGGGUUCCUACCGCCGCCGCCGCCACCGCAGUAUGUUGCCGGCGAAGGGGAUGCAUCGUUUCUUACGCCGCCCAUGUCCUCGGAAGAAGCUGGUGCUGCUUCAUCUUUCAUGAUGCCCGCUAGGCCUACCCGAGAGUCGAUCCACGAUGCCGUUAACGCAGCAGCGGCCGCCGUGGAAUCCUCAGAGGCGGGGGUACAGUCGCCGCCGCCGGUGGUUGACUCAUCUACGGCGGCAUCAACGGCGGCGGCGGCGGCGGCGGCGGAAAUAGGGGCGGCGAUUGGGGCGGAAGAAGACGAUGAAGAAGUGUGCCUAGGGUGGAGCUCGCGGCCCUCCGCCUCCUCGUCCCCUCCGUCGCCCUUGUCGUUCCCGCGCAAAUCCUCCUCCUCUCACGCCAUGUCCGCCGCCGCCGCCGCCGCCGCCGCCGCCGCCGCCGCCGCCGGGUGUGCAGAUCCCAUGGACAGCUACCGCACCCGCGAAGGAGCCGACGCCAGCACAGGCGACAGACCCGGCGGGAACGGUGGCGGCGGCGCUGGCGGCGGUGGCAGCAGUGAUAGCAACCCCACUCGAAGGACUUUCCUUCCCCCGGCACCCCGCACGGUGAGCGGGAUGGUGGCUUCGACCACCGCCGUUCAGGGCGAGAGGACUUUUCAGACGGAAGCUGGGGAUCGGGCGGGAGCGGGGGAGGGGAGCCGGAUUGGCUUUUCUUCUUCUUCGACGGCGGCAGAAGGUCCUGGAGGAACGGCGCUUGGAGGCGGCCAGUAUCCGCUGUCCCCCAUGCCGCGGAUCCUGCCCAACGCUUUCAGGACAUCCCCACAGGAAGCAUCGUCAGCAGCGUCAGCAGCGUCAGCUGGCGAGGGCGGCGGCGGCGGCGGGAUUCCAGAGGCGUUUGCCCUUGCCAGGGAGCGCGCGAAGGAGCUUCGACCCCUUGGGUCGCCCAGGGCGGCAGCGGAGCUAGGGGGACUGUUGCGCCAGGCGAGCGAAUCCUUUAUUUAUUUUGUUUUGUUUUUCGCCUCGAGGCCGAGAUGGAGGCCCUCGACCCUCAAUUCUGUUUCUCUAUUUUUGGCGUCAAUUUCUUUUCCUUCGAUAGCUGCUAUACUCUUUCGUUUUUUAUUUAUUUUUUUCCCAAUGGUGCGGGGGCUCUGUGCACCCUACCGCGUUCUAUUCUACCCGAUCGUCGUCGGCAUGUAG